AUCUGAAUCAAUGUCGAUUGAAUUGAAGAACAGAUACUGGGUUCUCAGGCAUGGGAAGAGCAUUCCCAACGAGCGAGGCCUCAUUGUUUCAUCCAUGGAAAAUGGCACGCGUCCUGAAUUCCAGUUGGCUUCCGAUGGUGUUAAUCAGGCACAACUCGCUGCAGAAUCAUUUCAAAAGGAACUAGAGGUUAAUAAUAUACCACUUGCUAAUGUACGUAUUUGCUACUCCCCAUUUUCGAGAACAAGCCACACGGCAAAAGUUGUUGCAACUGUGUUGAAUCUUCCUUUUGAUGGCCCCCAGUGUAAGGUGAUGGAAGAUCUUCGAGAACGCUUCUUUGGUCCUUCAUUUGAACUUGAGUCGCAUGAUAAAUAUGAACAGAUUUGGGAUAUAGAUAUAAAGGAUCCACUUGUUGGGCCAGAGGGAGGGGAAAGUGUUAAGGAUGUUGCCUGUAGACUUGCAAGAGCAGUGACCAUCAUGGAAUCAGAAUUUGAAGGAUGUGCAAUUUUGGUUGUCAGCCAUGGGGAUCCCCUGCAAAUCUUUCAGACAAUUCUGCAUGCAGCUAAUCAGCACAAGGAACCCACUUAUAAUGACUUAGUAUCGAUACUAGAGGCAGUUCAGGUGGCAUCGAUCUUGUCCCAGCACCGUAGAUAUUCACUGGAAACCGGAGAACUCAGGUGGGUCAUUUGAGAUUUGAGGUCUACGAUUUGGAUCCCCUAUUGUUGCUAAAACGCAAAAGGAUAGUAGGCUUAUAAAAAAAAUAAUGAGAGACCACAAAACAGCACCCCCGCUAUUUAGGAAUUGGGAUCUAAAUCCGUUUUGGUUUCCCCAAUUCCAUUGAUUAGUUUAUUAUCGUAUUCAAAACUUUUUUGGGAGUAUUUAGCAAAUAAUUUGCUGGUGGAGAUGCUGACUUUUUUGUGGGAAAACAAAUUGCUGUUUAUCAUAUUCAAAUGCUUAUAUAUUGGGUUUUGUGUGAAAGAUGAGUUUCCAUCUAUGUACAACCUGAAAUGGUAUAAACUUCUCAAUCUCUAAAAAUAAUUAC